ACGGGCUGGAGCAAUCUAGCAAGCGUUAACAGUUUUUUAUUGCAUUUGAAGCUGCGCAAGCUUAUUCAAGCCAAAUGUGCGUGGUAGAAUUUCCGCGUUUUGUGUAAUCUUUGCCUCACAUACAGAUUGUGUAAAACACCGUCCUCAAGGGAGAAAUAAACGGCUACCGUCUCAUGAUGUGCAUAGCCCAUCGAGUGAUCGCUACAAGCGACAAUCGUCACGAAAUGGUGUAAUUAAUUGAGGUUUGUUGUAGCUUCGCAGAGCGCGGACGUUAUCAGUCGUUAUCAAAAAUUCCGGUACAGCUAACCAACUUUGUGCCUCUGGAAGGUGAUGCUCAGAUUAAAAUGUGCCGUCGUCUGUCGUGGCAGAUGAAAUGUUGUGACUGUAUGGCCCAAAAGGGAUCACUGUGAACUGUUCUUUAAUUGUUCUAGACGUGCAUCGAUUGCAACAAAAGUGAGUCGACAUGAAGACAGCGAAUGCAGGCAGUGAAUUAAUCCACGUUGGCAAUGGUGUCGAAGAAACGGACGCGCUACGAACAGAGAGCAUCGCAACGGUAAAACAAUGGUUGCUGGAGGAACGACCGGAACUUCAGAUUCCUACGGAAUCAAAAUUGAUUUUAUACUUUCUGCGAACGACAAAGUAUAACAUCGACAAGACGAAGCGCAAACUGUCGACCUUUCUUAAAAACCGAGAGAAGCUAACGGAAUGGUUCAAAGAUCGGAAUCCACGGAGGCCCGAAAUACAGGAGUUGCUGGAGAUUGGCGUGUUCCUUCCGCUUCACCAGAAGGAUGCACUAAACCGGCAGGUCGUGAUCAUCCGAACGUCGGCCCACAAUCCCCAGAAGCACAAGCAGGACAACGUGUUCAAGGUGGAUAAGAUGAUCCUCGAUCUGCUCAUGUACCUGGACGAAACCGUAUCCAUUCACGGGGUCGUCGCCAUCUUCGAUAUGCAGGGCGUUACGCUUGGCCACGCUCUACAACUAUCUCCUUCUAUGAUCAAAAAAGCGGUCGAAAGCUGGGAAAACUAUCCCUGCAAACCAAAGGUGCUGGAGUUCGUUAACGUGCCGGUCCAUGUGAACAUUGUGCUAAAUGUUUUCAGAAGCUUCAUGAGCGCCAAGAUGAAGGAACGUGUUACAAUCUCAAGGAAGGGAUCCAAGAUGGAGAAUCUAGUCACCCUACCCAGGGAGCUGGGCGGUAGUGGCGAAAGUUAUCAACAACUGGCGGAAUACUGGAGGGAAACAGUUCAAGCCAAUGAAUCAUUUUUUGUUCAAAUGGAACAGAAUGUAUUCCAUCUGUAAGUCUCACGGACAGGACCACGGUAUUUUCAAGGAAAUAUGAGGCAAUUUUAUUAAAUAAUGUAAGGAAAAAUAUUAAAUAAGUGAAAAAGGAACACAACCAACCAUCAAUACAAUCAGCACAUUUU